GUGACCUCACAUCCUGUUUUCCCCCACUUCCUUCUGAAUGGACCGGUUUGGGACGGUCCUGCAGCAGCAGCAGCAGCAGCGCAGCGUGGAUCUGUGUUGUGUCGGCGCGUUUCUGCAGACACAUGCUGUUAGAUCGUCGCUGUUCAGCAGGCUGCAGAGGGCAGCAAGCAGGCUGUGACCGCUCAACACUUUCUACCAUUUACUCAGACAACGAUGAAACGACUGACGUGUUGAUCAAGAAGAGGAGAAGUGAAAUCGUUAUUGCACGUCAGACAGUAUGACGACCAGAGAGGUGAAGAUCAUCAACCAGGGCCUGGAGGAUGAGAUGGAGGUAUGGGGGUACCGGCCCUGCAUGUGGAAGAUGAUCCUGGUGGGUAUCGGCUCUGUUUGCUCCUGUGGUCUCCUGCUGCUGCUGCUGUACUGGCUGCCCGAGUGGGGCGUCAAAGGCACCUGUACACACACAUCGCUUAGAGACGCACACACACUUCUGCUCAGGACAACGGAUGAGUUCAAGCAGUGGUUUCGGGCCAAAGUACACAUGAUGUCUGCUCCAGGGAAGGCACCCUUUGACACUUUGGAUCUGCAGUCCACGACUCAGUUACCAAAUGGAGAUGGAGACCACAGUGUCAGUGCUGUAGAUGAAGAGCACGGGAAAUUAGCAUAUACACAGCCUGUUGAGAUCAACUACUUCAGCCACCACAGCACUAUAUACUACUGGAAUGAUGUGAUUCACAACUUUGAACUGUAUAAAGGCUUGGAGGAUGUGAAGGGGAGCUGUGCUACCAUCCACUCUGACCACAGCGCAGGACUUUCUAAAACACUGGAGGACUACAGGAGGUUGUUUUUUGGGGAGAAUGAGAUUGCAGUAAGAGUGCCAUCUUUAUUCAAGCUCCUCAUAAAGGAGGUGUUGAAUCCUUUCUACAUCUUCCAGCUCUUUAGUGUGAUCUUGUGGAGUGUGGAGGACUACUACUAUUAUGCUACAGCCAUAGUUUUCAUGUCUGUCAUUUCAAUAGCUACCUCACUGUAUACGAUUAAAAAGCAAUAUGUGAUGCUACAUGACAUGGUGGCAACACACAGUGUGGUUCGUGUUUCAGUGUGCAGAGGAGAUAAAGAUGUUGAACAGGCCAUGUCGACCGAGCUUGUGCCUGGUGAUGUCAUUGUUAUUCCAGGAAAUGGGAUGAUCAUGCCCUGCGACGCCGUGCUCCUCCGCGGAACCUGCAUUGUCAACGAGAGCAUGUUGACAGGGGAGAGCGUGCCAGUUACUAAGACCAGUCUGCCCAGUUCAGGUGAGGAGGGAGCCAUGACCUACAAUAUGGAGGAGCACAAGAGACACACCCUGUUCUGUGGUACACACGUUAUUCAGACCCGAUUCUACGCUGGUGAACUAGUGAAGGCUGUUGUGGUCAGAACAGGCUUUAGUACAGAGAAAGGCCAGCUUGUGCGCUCCAUCCUCUACCCCAAACCCACAGACUUCAAACUGUACCGUGAUGCUUAUCUGUUCCUGCUGUGUCUGGUUGGGGUGGCAGGGAUUGGAUUUAUUUACACCAUCGUCCUCAGCAUCAUGAACAAGGUUCCAGCUCAAACCAUCAUCAUUGAAUCUCUGGACAUCAUCACCAUCACCGUGCCCCCAGCCUUACCCGCAGCCAUGACAGCUGGUAUUGUGUAUGCGCAGCGGCGUCUGAAGCGAGUCGGCAUCUUUUGCAUCAGUCCUCAGAGGAUCAACAUGUGUGGUCAACUUAACAUGGUUUGCUUUGACAAGACUGGUACUCUCACAGAGGAUGGUUUGGAUCUAUGGGGUAUUCAGAGAGCAGAAAAUGGCAGUUUUUGUCCUCCGGAGGAUGAGGCAGCUAAAGAGAGUCUGGUGAACACUGCAUUUGUGGCAUGCAUGGCCGCCUGCCACUCACUGACCAAGAUAGAGGGCGAACUCUCCGGAGAUCCUUUAGACCUCAAGAUGUUCAGCGCCACCGGCUGGAUCCUGGAGGAGCCCACAGAAGAAGAGACUGCACUCCACAAUCCCAUAAUGCCAACUGUAGUGCGACCUCCGAAGCAAGUCAACCCUGAAGCCAAUCAGAACAAUCCUCUAACUCAGAAUCUGGAGCUGUCUGAGUUAUCUUCCUGUGAGAUUGGGAUCGUGCGCCAGUUCCCGUUCUCCUCAGCACUGCAGAGAAUGAGUGUAGUGGUCAGGAAGCUGGGGGAAAAACACAUGGAUGCCUACCUGAAAGGAGCACCAGAGAUUGUGGCCAGCCUCUGCAAACAGCACACAGUCCCGCAGAGUUUUACAGAAACCCUGGAGACCUACACCAGGCAGGGAUUCAGGGUUAUUGCCCUGGCACAUCGACAACUGGAGUCCAAACUCUCUUGGCACAAAGUCCAGAGCCUUAGCAGGGACCUGAUAGAGACCAACGUGGAGUUCCUCGGCUUGAUCAUCAUGCAGAACAAAAUAAAAGAAGAGACUGCUGGGGUUUUAAGUGACUUGCGACAAGCUAACAUUCGCACUUUAAUGGUUACAGGUGACAACAUGCUGACGGCGAUAUCAGUGGCUCGAGACUGCGGGAUGGUCCGUCCACAUGAAAAAGUCAUUAUAGCAGAUGCUGUGCCGCCAAAGGAUUUCAGCCCUGCUCACAUCACGUGGCAUUACACUGAAAACCCUGAGCAGGACGUCAAGGACAUUCAGACUGUGGAGAUCAGUCUGGAGGAAGGGGUGUAUGACGAUCAGCUGCCUCAGCCAGACCAAGGCUAUCACUUUGCUGUGACUGGCCGAGCCUUUACCGUUAUCACCGAGCACUUCCCUCAACUAGUCCAGAAGCUCGCACUUCGAGGCACCGUGUUUGCUCGCAUGGCUCCCGACCAGAAGACACAGCUGGUGGAAGUCCUGCAGAGCAUAGAUUACAUUGUUGGGAUGUGUGGUGAUGGUGCUAAUGACUGUGGAGCUCUAAAGAGAGCUCACAGUGGGAUCUCUCUGUCUGAGCUGGAGGCCUCUGUCGCUUCUCCCUUCACCUCCUCCACCUCAAACAUCUCCUGUGUCCCAAAUCUCAUCAGGGAGGGUCGAGCUGCCCUCAUUACAUCAUUCUGCGUGUUCAAGUUCAUGGCUCUCUACAGCAUCAUCCAGUACCUCAGUGUCACCCUGCUCUACUCAAUUCUCAGCAACUUGGGAGACUUCCAGUUCCUCUUUAUUGACAUUGUCAUCAUUCUUAUCAUUGCCUUUACAAUGAGUCUGAACCCGGCGUGGAAGGAGCUGGUGAACCAACGUCCCCCGUCCAGUCUGAUCUCUGGUCCGCUGCUCUGCUCGGUUUUGACCCAGAUUCUCACCUGCAUGGUCUUCCAGGUCCUGGCUUUCCUCUUAGUACGACAGCAGAGCUGGUAUGAGAUAUGGACGCCCCUCUCAGAUGCCUGUAAUGUUUCCAGCUCCGUCCCCCCUCACAGGCCCAAUGUAACGUCACCUCACGACCACAAAAACAUCAAGAACUACGAAAACACCACCCUCUUCUACGUCUCCUCCUUCCAGUACUUAGCCGUGGCCAUCGUCUUCUCAAAGGGAAAACCCUUCAGACAACCAAGCUACAAAAACUGGCCGUUCAUGCUGUCGGCCAUCGCUCUGUAUAUUUUCCUCUUCCUCAUCGUGCUGAACCCUAUUCCUGCCAUUGACAGCUUCCUGGAGAUUGUGUGUGUUCCUCAUGACUGGCGCAUUACACUGGUCAUCAUUAUCAUAAUGAAUGCGGCCGUGUCUUUCAUGUUGGAGAUUUUGAUCCUUGACAUCAUCUUGUGGAAGCUAGUUUUCAGAGACAAUCGGGGGGUAAAUCAGCUCACCAAGUCCCCCCCGGCUGACACACUUCAGAUGGCCAAUGACCGCUGGGCCUCGGCCUGCCUGUCCCGGUUGUUCUGUAGGAAAAACAAGCCCCCAAGGGUCCUCUACAAGCUUCUGGCCCUGGAGCUGCAGGACGAUACUGACUGGCCCCCCAGACCCUCCACUGUCACCUAUGCCAGCGCUACUCAGUCCCCCAUUUCUGCCCCACUUUGACACCAGCAUAACCAUCAACCAAACUGCACAGACUAAACCUUAAACCCCCAACAAACAUGUGUGCUCACAGAGAUGACGGAUGGCGAGGCCUCGAACUAGAACAACUAACUAACACUGUGACCUGCUCAGACAUGAAGUUCUCUUACAUUUCAUUCACUUCAUCAAAAUGGACAAAUACUCUACGCCUGGAUUUCACCUGUACUGCCACAACAACCUGCUGAUACUUGAGCGAGAGGCCUCUGAUAAGAUGACUGGAUGUCUUAGUAACCACACUGUUGAUGGAAUUGGCAUAGUUAAAUUGGAAUAAUUUUUAAUAUAUGACUUAAUAUUUUAAAUGAUUGACCCACUGAGGUGCUGACUGAACGACUGAACAAAAGGUCAGAUACAUUAUACAGCUACAGUAUUCAGUCAAUAUAUGUAUCUGCUGUUUUGCUCUGUUGGGGUCUAAAAGCACUGGAUGAAAGUAAAAGCACAGUCUUUCACUAACAUUAGCUGCUGCUAAAAUGUAAAAGUUUAAAGAACAACAAUGGAUGGUGAAUUCAAAGAGAGUCUGUUUGCAAGUUUAUGAAUGUGACUGACUGGUACUGUUGUAUUUUUAAGACAGAAAAUGAUUUGCUAUCUGAUUCUUCCUGUGGAAGAGAGACACAGACAUUUCUGUGGCCCUUUAAAAAAAAAAAAAAAAAGUAUCAUCAGUCCCCCCUGUGUGUGUGUGUGUGACUGUGUGUGUGUGUGUGUGUGUGUGUGUGUGUGUGUGUGUGUGCCUGUGUGUGUGUGUGUGUGCCUGUGUGUGUGUGAGAGACCAACACAGAGGUUAACGAAUAAGAGGCUCCAAUUAUAAUUUCAGUUUCUCUCAGAUGGAUUGAAAAAUGUUCUUUUAUUCAAUUUAUUGCAAGGAAUUAACCAGAAAGACUAAUUGCAUCAGUUAAAAUCACUAAGGUACUGUACAUAACUGAUCAUGUUUGAAUUAAUCGAUUGAAGCAUUUACAAUAAUCGAAAUUACUGAGACACUUGCUGCUGUGAUAAUUUUAUAAUAGUUGAUUUUAAUGUAUGAUUUUUAUAUAUAAUAUUUUAUGUAACUUUGUUUACAGCUGUUUUAUGUAUAUUUUUCUAGUUUCAAAAUGAAAUAAAUGUGAAAAUAUGUAAAUUAGUCACCAAAAUUUCCCCUUUAUUACAAUAAAAAAAAGAGCAGCUGUUUUUAAAGGGAAUGUGUUCUUGAAAGUUGUAAAACAGUGUUUCUUUUUAUUUUGUUAUUUCUUCAAAGCGAUAAAAAUGUUUCAGUGAGUGUCAACCAAUAUCUCUGUUGUUUGCUCUGCACAACUCCCAUUACAUUUCCUAAUAAAUCUGUAUAUCAA